AGUCACUAAUGAAUACCCUCGACCCUUUGCCACAACACAGCACAGAGCCAGAGCUAGCUAGCUAGAGAUACUCUAUUAAUUUUAACCACUCUGAGAGAUAGCUGCUGAGGUGAUGGGUAUUCUCUCCAACUCUCCUCAAGGCUUCUCCAGUGCCGUGGAGUCACUCAACACUCUACCACAGGGACUGCUAGCUGAGCUGUGUGGAGAUGUGAUGGCCUUCCUGCAGUUUAGAGCUGGAUUCAUCAGUACAGAGCACUAUGAGAUUAGCUUCUCUUCACUGAACCCCCGUCCAAAAGUCAAAGAGAUCAUCAACGCCCUCACCUUUGUGUUUAGGUCAGCAGGUGUUGCUAGGGUCAGUGCAGAUGAGCUAGUAGCUCAACUCAAGGCAUCCUUGGAAUGGAGUGAUACUGUCCUGGCCGUACUGAGGCAUGUGUGGAAGGAGGAGGGGCCAGCACUCAUCGCCAUGCCAACUCACACACUCAGCGUAGGCCAGUUGCUGUCUAUGGAGUGGAAGUUGGGUGUAGCCAUGAGCUCCAGUACAUGCCGCUCUCUCAAUGCUCCAUACCUCACCCUUCAGCUGAGACUAGGGCAGGAGAACACACACACACUCGACAUGACCCUGCCAGAGUUCCAGAACUUUGCCUCUCAACUUAAAGACAUGGCAUCAACGCUGGAAACUGCCACUUAGUGUGUGUACAUUGUGUGUGGUUAGGUUAGAUUGUAUUCUCUGUCUUAUUUUGUGGAGAGAAUUGAAUUCCUAUUUGCUCAUGUAUGGAAAAAGA